UUCAAAACACAUAUAACAAUAUAACAAACUACAAAAAGUUGUACUAUUUGGAAAAUAUUUACCAAAAGUUGGGGGUUUUGCAACUUCCUCCUCAUAUUCUUCCUCCCUCCACCUUCACCGUCACCGUCAUCGCCGUACCAGACCAAGAACUCGAAUCGAUGCUGGCGGUGUUGAGAACCAGAGGCUACAACCUCUUCUGCAACGCACUCACUACCUCCGACCUCUACUUCGAUCUCCUCGCCGGAACUUCAUUCACCGUCUUCGUCCCCACCGACUCUUCUCUCUUCGCUCUCGACAUGACUUCUUCGGCCUCUGUUUACGUCACCGCCCUUCGCUACCACAUCGUUCCUCUCCGGUUAUCCCUCGCGGAUCUCCAGAAUCUCGCCUCCGGUUCCAUUUUGCCCACGCUAUUGCCGAUUCACGAUAUUCAAGUUCAGAGGAGGCCCGAAUCAGAAAACUUUACCGCCAAUGGCGUUGAUGUUGUGCCUGGUCUGUUCUUCGGCUGAAACAUCGCGGUUCAUGGAUUGGGAGGUAUUCUCAGUUUCAGAACACAGAUCGGUCUAGGUCAUGGAUCUUCGCUUCCGUCACCGGCAAAUUUGUACAAUAAUCAAAGUUGAUAUGGCUUUGGGGAUUUUGCUUCAAAAUGGUUUUGGGGAUUUUGGUUUUAAAGAUUUUAGGGAUUUUGGGUUGGUUCAUAAAGGUUUGGGGAUUUUAGGG